UUGAACUCGCUCGUCACCCCGCCUUCGUUUUGCAGAGGGCCAUGGCGUCCACCAAGUUCGCCUCCGACCCGGAGGUGUCGUCCAUGCUCAAGGACUUCUCGCAGCGGAUCGCGAGCAAGAGUCCCGUGGCGCAGAACGGCUCGGUGGCCAACGGCACCGCCAAUGCUAAGGCCGGCGGCAUCGCGCCCAGCAAGGCGAAGACCCCCGCCGCCGUGGAGGCGAGCCCGGCCGUCAAGGAGCCACAGCACGAGGAGCCCUUCAAGACGGAGAUCGUGUGGUUCAACGCCAUCGGCUUUCUCAUCAUGCAUCUCAUCACCCUGUACGGGAUCUACCUGGGCAUGUUCCACGCGUACGUCAUCACCGACAUCUGGGCCUUCAUCGUGGGGUUCGUGUCGGCGCAGUCCGUGCUGCUGGGGGCGCACCGCUACUACACGCACCGCUCCUACAAGGCCACCUUCCCUCUGAGGCUGCUCAUCGUGCUGUGGCAGACCGUGUCUAGUCAGAACUGCCUGUGGGUGUGGGUGCGCGACCACCGCCAGCACCACAAGUUCUCCGACACGCACGCGGACCCCCACAACGCCAGCAGGGGCUUCUUCUUCUCCCACAUCGGCUGGCUGAUGGUCCGCAAGCACCCCGCCGUGUUCGAGGCCGGCCGUAAGGUGGACAUGUCCGACAUCGAGGCGGACUGGCUCGUCAUGUUCCAGAAAAAGUAUUACAAUAUCCUGUACGUGCUGCUGUCCAUUCUGUUCCCCACGGUGGUCCCGGUGUACUUCUGGGGCGAGACCUGGUGGAACUCGUUCAUCAUUUCGUUCAUCACGAGGACCUUUGUCGUGCUCAACGUGGCGUGGCUGGUGAACAGCUGGGCGCAUCUGUACGGCACGCACCCCUUCAACAACGAAAUCCUGCCCAGCGAGAGCAGGCUCGUGUCCUUCCUGACAUUCGGCGAGGGUUGGCACAACUUCCACCACACUUUCCCCUGGGACUACCGGGCCGCCGAGUUCGGCCAGAACUUCAACUUUACUUGCACCAUCAUCGAGACGUUCGCCAAGAUGGGGUGGGCCUACGACCUGAAGGCGGCCCCUGCGGACCUGGUGCGUCGGAGGGCACUGCGCACCGGAGACGGGACGCACCCGAGGUACAACAAGAACGGCGUCCCAGAUCACCUGGUGGCCGAGCCAGAGCCCGAGGAUGAUCUCUUCGACGACGACGACAUGGUCGACGUCAAAGACAACAAGACUGAGAAUAAAGUGCCUGUGCCCGCCGUCGCCGUCUCGACCACGGCCAAGGACAGGUCGAAGGAGAAACGGGGUUGAGUCGCUAACCGCGAUAGCCAAAGACAAUGUAUUUCUCUUCGUCGACCGCCCCGGCCG